AUGAAAACUUAUCCAUUGCAUAUUCGUCAAUUAAAUUAUUUACCUUAUCGAUCUACUUAUCUCUCACAAACGACAUUUAUACGUAAUUUAUCUUUAUCAUCACUACUACACGCGACCGUUCCGACAUCAAACAUUGUACCAUUUAAACUAGCUGAUAUUGGAGAAGGAAUUAAAGAAGUCGAAAUCAAAGAAUGGUAUGUCAAAGUUGGUGAUCAUGUGAAACAAUUUGACAAAGUGUGUGAAGUUCAAAGUGAUAAGGCUAAUGUAACAAUCACGUGUCGGUAUGAUGGUCAAGUAAUGAAAUUAUACCAUCAGCUCGGUGAAACAGCAAAUGUCGGUGAACCAUUAGUUGACAUAAAACUUACUCAAGACAGUACACAACAGAUACAAGAUACAUCUGGAUCUAAUCUUCAAGAUGAUGCCGGUGAAGAACGUUCUUCUUCAACAAAAUUAACACCCACACCUCAAGUACUAGCUACACCAGCAGUUCGUAGAUUAGCCAAAGAUUUACAGAUUUCAUUGAAUGACAUACAGGGUACAGGAAAAGAUGGUCGAAUAUCAAAAGAAGAUAUAUUAAACUUUGAUAAGACAAAAGUAGUGGCGCCGUCAACAGGAGCACACACUACUAUCCCAACCUCUCCUGUUCAGAUUUCAAUGCCAUCGAUUCCUCCCUCACCUGCAACCGUCAAACAACCGAUCACUAAAUCGACCACACCUAUUUCUACCACUGCCACUAAUACAGUUGAAACGCCUCGUAAACAGGUUCAACCAAUGAAAGAAGAUCGUCAUGAGACGAUCAAAGGUAUCAAAAAAAUUAUGGUAAAAACAAUGACUCAAGCUAAUUCGAUCCCUCAUUUUACUUACUGUGAUGAUUAUGAUCUAACUGAAUUGGUGAAAUUAAGAAAAAAAUUGAAAAAAUUAUACGAACAAGAGAAAAAGACGUUAAAAUUAUCUUAUAUGCCAUUUAUUAUCAAAGCUUGUUCUCUCGCAUUAACGGAAUAUCCAAUAUUAAAUGCACACGUCGAUGCUAAAUGUGAAACAAUUAUCUAUAAAGCAACACAUAAUAUUGGAGUUGCAAUGGAUACACGUGAUGGUUUACUUGUUCCAAAUGUAAAAAAUGUUCAGACUCUAUCGAUUCAAGACAUUGCUUCAGAAUUGACGCGAUUACAACAACAAGCAUAUAAUGGCAAAUUAACAAAUGACGAUAUGCAAGGUGGAACAUUUUCAUUAUCUAAUAUUGGAGCGAUCGGUGGUACAUAUGCCGUUCCAGUUUUAGUCGUGCCAGAAGUAGCUAUUGGAGCACUAGGAAAAAUAAGUUUGAAAGCAUGUGCUCCAGAAAAUUUAGAUGAUUCAUCUUCGUCUAGUGAUGAUGAUGAAUAUUAUCCCAAUGUUCGAUUUCGUCAUAUGAUGUCAAUAAGUUGGUCAGCUGAUCAUCGUGUUAUUGAUGGUGCAACAAUGGCAAGAUUUUCAAAUAAAUUAAAGUCCUAUUUAGAGAAUCCAAUAUCAAUGAUGAUUAAUACAAAAUAG